UAAAAUUACUCGAAUACAUGUAAAUAAAAAAAUAAGAUGAUUUUAAUUUGAUUCCAGGUGAAAUUUAGAUUGAAUCAAAAACACAUUCGGAUAUUUCGGACCUUUUAUAGUUGUUUCUUUUUUUGUCAGAGAGAAAUAUGAUUGUAUACAUAAAAAUACAUAUAUACAUUUACAAAUACAUAUGUAGAUGUAUAUAUAUUGUAUACACAUAUGUACAUGCAUAUUGAUCACGUUUGGGUUCUGUUGAACAUAUAUAGUUAUAUGUAAUAAUUAAAAUGAAAAACACUCCCAUAUACUAAUUUGUAAUUAUAGCUACUAAUUGUCGUAGAACAUUUGAAGAGAAUAUUCAAUAGUUUGAGGAUAAGAUAAGAUAAGACGUCGUCUUAUCUUCCCUAUAAUUUAACUGCGUAAAAAUUUGGCGUACAAAAGUAUCGCAGAUGUCUUACGGUUCACAAUAUUUAAUCUUCUCAAUACAAUAAUAUGGACAACGUGGAAAAUAAAACGGCGAUAGUCACAGGAGCCGGGUCCGGCAUUGGUUACAACAUUACCGAAGAAUUAUUACGCAAAGGCGCGAAGACAGUCGCCAUCCUCGAUUUGCCGGUAGCACGUAGUUAUGACGCGUCAAAGGCUUUGCAAGAAAAAUUUGGAAAAGACCGUGUCAUCUUUUUUCCGAUUGAUAUAACGAACUUGGAAGUGUACAGCGAAACAUUCAAGCAAGUUGUUAAGGCUCUCAAUGGUCUCGACAUACUUGUUAACAAUGCCGGGAUAUGUCAGGACCCUCACGUCGAGAAAACGUUUGAUGUUAAUGUCAUAGCACUGAUUCGCGGCUCGUUGUUCGGAUUAAAUUUUAUGGGCAAACAUAAAGGUGGCAAAGGUGGUACCAUAGUUAAUAUAGCAUCGGCAGCUGGUCUUAUCCCUUUCGCUGUAUGUCCAAUAUACAGUUCUUCAAAAUACGCUGUCGUCGGAUUUGGAGCGAAUCUUGAGAAAUUUUAUGAUAAAACAGGAGUUCGCAUUCUAACAAUAUGUCCAUCGUUCACAGCAACGGCAAUAACGGUUGAUAAAGACAAUUGUCUCGAUAUUAUCGACAAUGAUAUUAUUCAAAAGAAUACGAACGAAUCUUUUCAUAAACCUCAAACUGCUGCACAUGUGGGACAAUCUACAGUCAUGACGAUUCAAAAGGGGAAAAACGGAUCAAUUUGGAUCAUUAAGAAUAAUGAGCAACCGUAUGAGGUCAAAUCACAGUAUUAUGCUGCCGUUUAGAUGUAAAAUUCAAGCAUGUAGGAAACCUUUAUACGCGUUUAUAUAUAAAAUCCUUUAUAUAAUAAAUAAAGUGUCAUAUUAUUGUAUAAUAAUUUAUAUAAGUAGGACCAGUAAUGGUUAUACUGUUAAGACAGACAUUAUAACGGAUAUUGUAAAGAUUAUAAAUUUUGUCGCUAAUUGUUGCGAAGCAAUAUGGGAGUGGAUAGGAUCUUGAAUGAAGUUCUCAAUUCUUAUUAAAAUUUAAAGGCAUUUUAACAAGCCAAUAGCUGGAUGUAUAAUUAUACGAAAAAGUAUUGGACCAUCGUCCUCAAUAAAUAAUUUAAGAAAUAAGUGUUUUAUAUAACAUUGAUAAACUCAUAAGUUUAUUGAUAGUAUAUAUAAUGUUUUAUAUUUAUAUUGUAUAUGUAUAUGUAUUGUAUAUGUAUUGUAUA